ACGCUAUUGAAAAAAAAACGACAAAAGAAGGAAAAAGGGUAAAAGAGAGAGAGAGAGAGAUGUUUCCAAUCAGUUACAGAGUUCGGUAAUGGCGGAGAUAUGCUUUUUUGGAGGACUGGUCCAUUAUAAGGCUCCAUCUCCUUCCUCCUCUCUUCAUUAUUCUCUCUUCCGCUCCAAAUCCCAUCACUAUUCUCUCAUGUCCGCCUCCGUAUCAGUCGAAUGCCACUCCUCCUCCACCUCCACCGUUGAGCCACCUUCCCUCCUCGUCUUCUCAGGGGGCACUGGAUUUAACGGUGUGGUGGAAGAGCUGAAGAAGUUAACAACCAGAGUCGCUCAUGUUCUUCCUGUCUCUGAUGAUGGAGGGAGUACUGCUGAGAUUGUUCGUGUUCUCGGUGGACCAGCGGUUGGUGACAUACGUUCAAGAUGUUUAAGGCUGUCUGAUGAAAGUACUUCAGAGGCACUUGCUGUUAGGAGGUUGCUUGGACAUCGUUUACCUAUUGAUCCACAUAAGGCCAAGAAAGAUUGGUACGAUAUCGUGGAAGGCAAUCAUUCUCUGUGGGAUGGUGUAUCAAGACCUUACAGAGAAACAAUCCGCGCUUUCUUAAUUUACUUUCAGAAUGAGAUCCUUAGACGACCUAAUGAUUCAUUUUGCUUCGCUAAUGGAAGCAUUGGGAACUUCUUCUUUGCAGGAGCGAGGAUCUUUUUCCAGUCUUUAGACGCUGCCAUCUUUCUCUUUUCCCGUGUCUCAGAGAUUCCUUGCGACAGUUUGGUCCUCCCUGUGAUAUCAACCAACGAUAGGCUCACACUAGGAUGUGAGUUACAGGAUGGGACUAUAAUACGCGGACAGAACGAGAUCUCUCACCCGACCAAUGGGACUAUGCAGACCGUUGACAAGAGACAUUCUUCGACUCUUCCAUCAAAGAUGAAGAGAGUGUUUUACAUGUCAAGCGAGGGCAAUAAUCUGCUUCAUGAGGUCUUCCCACCAGUUAACCCAACUGUCUUGGACCAGUUGAGAAGCGUGGACUGUAUCGUUUACGCUAUGGGAUCCCUAUUCACUUCCAUUUGCCCAUCACUGGUUCUGCUUGGUGUUGGGGAGAUUAUCUCUUCCAGGUCAUGUCGUAAGGUGCUUCUUCUGAACGGUACACAAGACCGAGAAACCAGCGGCUUCACUGCUUCUUGCUUUGUGACUGCUAUUGCUGACGCUCUCAACAGAACUCAUGGAGAUCCUAAUAUCCGUCUAAACAAUCCACCUGGAUACUACAUCAACACUCUGUUGGUACCAAAAGAUGGAGAAAUAGCUGUAGAUCUCAAACAAUUGUCUGAACAAGGAAUCGAUGAUGUUGUUAGUAUCUCUCUAUCUCUCCUUCUUUCACUUUGUUUCCAAGUUUAUGUGGGCAACAACAAACACUUAUUUGUGCUCUCACUCUGUUUGUUGCAGAGAGUUGUGGAGACUGUUCGUGACCCAAAGCACGGCGUCUUGUUCAACCCGAGCUCACUGAUUAACACAUUAGCCAGUUUGGUGGAGUAAAUAGUAAUAUUCUUUAGGCCACAGCUGGUUUCUUCUUUUGCCUUCCGAGAUGAUUGAAUAUUCAUAAACGGAACAGUUUUUUUUUUUUUUUUUGUGUUUCUGUUUUUACUUGAUUCUUUGUGGAUUGAUAUAUAAGUAAAGGAAAGUCGCUCUUUCUCAAAAA